AUGAAAGCCCGGGUCCAGGGCAUGGCUUUCUCCAUGGAGGAGCGUCUCCAGCUGGGCAUCCACGGCCUGCUGCCCCCCUGCUUCGUCAGCCAGGACGUCCAGCUGUUCCGGGUGCUGAAGAACUACGACAUGAAGCGGGACGACCUGGACAGAUAUGUGUUCCUGAUGGGGCUCCAGGACCGCAACGAGAAGCUGUUUUACCGGCUGAUAACCUCAGACGUUGAGAGGUUCAUGCCCAUCAUCUACACCCCCACGGUGGGCCUGGCCUGCCAGCAGUACGGCCUCAUAUUUAGAAGACCCAGGGGGCUGUUCAUCACUAUACACGACCGUGGCCACAUCGCCUCAAUCCUUCAAAACUGGCCAGAAAAGGACAUUAAGGCUGUGUGUGUGACGGAUGGAGAGAGGAUCCUGGGAUUGGGAGACCUGGGUUGCAAUGGCAUGGGGAUCCCGGUUGGCAAGCUGGCCCUGUACACGGCAUGCGGAGGAAUGGCGCCACAGCAGUGCCUACCGGUCAUGCUGGACGUGGGCACGGACAAUGAGGCCCUGCUGAAGGACAGCCUCUACAUCGGGCUGCGGCACAAGAGAGUGCGAGGCCAGGCCUAUGACGACCUGCUGGAUGAAUUUAUGAAGGCCGUGUCAGACAGGUAUGGAAUGGACUGUCUGAUCCAGUUCGAGGACUUUGCAAACAUUAAUGCUUUCCGUCUGCUGAGCAAGUACCGCAACAUGUACUGCACAUUCAACGAUGACAUCCAAGGAACUGCUGCAGUAGCGGUGGCUGGACUCCUGGCCGCUCUCCGCAUCACCAAAACCAAAAUGUGUGACCAUACCAUUGUGUUCCAAGGAGCAGGGGAGGCAGCAAUGGGGAUUGCUGAGCUGAUCACCAUGGCCAUGGCUAAGGAGGGACUCUCCAUAGAGGAGAGCUUAAAAAAAAUCUGGAUGGUUGAUUCCAAGGGUCUUAUUGUCAAGGGUCGGGACAAUCUGACUCACGAGAAGGAGAGGUUCGCUCACGAACAUCCUCAGAUGAGAAACCUGGAGGACGUGGUCAGGGAACUGAAGCCCACGGCUCUCAUCGGUGUGGCGGCCGUGGCCGGGGCCUUCUCCGAGCCGAUCAUCAGGGACAUGGCCUCGUUCAACCAGCGCCCCAUCAUCUUCGCCCUCAGCAACCCCACCAGCAAAGCCGAGUGCACGGCCGAGCAGUGCUACGCCAUCACAGAGGGCCGGGGCAUCUUCGCCAGCGGCAGCCCCUUCGACCCGGUCACCCUGCCCGACGGGAGGACCUUCUACCCCGGCCAGGGCAACAACGCCUACAUCUUCCCCGGCGUGGGCUUGGGCUUCACCACCUGCGCCCUGCGGCACAUCCCCGAGGAGAUCUUCCUGACCGCCGCCGAGGCGCUUGCACACCUGGUGACGGAAAAAGACCUGGCAGAGGGAAGGCUCUAUCCUCCUCUCAGCUCCAUCAGGGACGUCUCCAUCAAGCUGGCCGUCAAGAUCAUUGAGUACGCUUACGAGCACGGCAUGGCCACACUCCGCCCAGAGCCGUCCGACAAAGACGCCUUCGUCCGCUCCCACUCCUUCAGCACCGACUACGACGAGCUGACCGUUGACUCCUACCACUGGCCAGAGGACUGCAUGGCCGUGCAGACGUGCAAACUGUAA